CGUUGGGAGAGCGUUCGCGCCCUCCUAUUUCGGGAAAGGAUAGGGGUUUCCAUAGUUACCCCCGCCGCGCGUGACGUCAUCGUUGAGGGCUAAGAGGGCGUGGUUUGGGGGGUGGGCCUCGGGCAUUCCUGCUUGCGGAGAUUAUAGGGUCACUGGUAAGAGGAGAGGCCUGACCCAGUCAGGCAAAGCGAGGAAGGGUGGCAUCUGUUUUGGAUAGGCUGCGUUCUGCCAGAAGAAAACUGCCCCACGGUCCGCCCCUGACUUCUGCUUCUCAUGGGAGGAGUAAUCCACCUUUUCGCAGGAAAAGUGGGGACAGCCCGGCAUCCUCAUGAAAUUUACUCACGCAGUAAAUAUUUAGUGAGUGUUUCCUGUGUAGCGGGGAGGCCGCGAAACCAGUAUUGAAACCAAUAUCUCGUUCAGAAUGAGAGACAAGACAGCAAAUCACGCAGUUGUAAGACUGGAAAGUGCCUCAAUUUGAGAAACGCAAGGUGCUGUGAGAGCUGUGAAUCCCCUGCUCUGUGACCUCUACUGGAUUUCCCCUAACUGCCAUCCCUCCGCCAACAAAACUACCCCCCCACCCCUGUCCUCCUCCUACCCCAACAUACACACCCAGAACCUACCCAUUCACCAGGAACCUACUCAUCCAACAGGAAGCCUGCACUUUACCAAACUUCCACCUUUCCCAACGUAACUAAUUACUCCCUACUGUCUGUUCUAAUGGCAUUUGUUUACAUAUCUGCUUAGGUAUUUUUGUAACUCUGCUCCAACACAAUGAUUGUAAAGCACUAGAUGCUCAAUAAAUGUAUAUUAGCUUGAGGUUAGUAAGACAUUUGAAACCCAGCUUUAGGGGAUAUAUAUCAAAUCCUUGAGAACUAGAUGAUUUUAUCUAGAGUUGUGGACUGUUUUAAGUGGAUGAGAAGUGAUUAAACAUCUGAAGACAGAACUUUCAGCUAUGUGAGGAGAUAACAUAUGUUGUAGAAUCAGCUGCUUAGCAUGAUAAUUUAAGUUUAAGCUAGGAAUUGUGGAUUCUGUAGGCCUACUUUACUGUUCAUCUUCCUACGCUAAAUGAGAUAAUGCCCAUAAAGAUUUAGGACACUACCUGGUAAACACUUAACAUGUCUAGAAAACAUAACAAGAAGUGAACUUAGGUCUCUAUAUCAAAAGAAUGUCCCCAUAAAUUAUGAAGGAUUGAGACUGAUAUAUAUACCAUAGCUCUAACCCCCCAUUUUCCUCCUCUAUCAUUGCUAAAUUUUGUUCGUACUUUCACCCCCUCAAACUCUGUUUUCCAAGGUUCAAUCUGAGCCUGUGAUCUUCAUUUCAUACUUUUGGAGAAUUAUCCUCAAUAUUUAUCUUUAACUGCCCUUUCCAUGGAUCUUAUCUAAAUUUGUAUUUCCAUUCCUAACUCCUUUCCAUUAAAAUCUCUUAAUAUCUGUUGGAAAUGUUUUUCUAAGUGGAUGUCUCAUCAUCUAAAAUACAGAAUAUCCAAAACACAAAGCAAUUAGGAAACUCAAAUUUCCUAAUUUACAUUUUUAUCCAAUAAAUCAACGAAUGUGGGAACUUAAGAAUAAAUAUUAAUAAUGCAUGGUCUUUAACCUCAUGGAGCUCCAGUCAAUUGAUGGAAAAAAAAAAGAAAAAAAAACAGCCAAACAACUAAAAAUAAUACAGUUUGAUAUGUGUUGUAUCCACAGAUGUUAUGUGUUAGGAACUGUAGGAACUCAGAGUAGAGUUGGUGAAUUCCUUAUCAGAGGUAGUGCAAUUCUUAGUCACUCCAAUUACACCCUGCAAGCUGGUCUCACUAUCAAUCUGCUGUUCUUUCCCACUUCCUCAACUCUUUGCUCUCCCUUCCCUUUUGCCUUUCUGGAUCUUUCUCAUCCUUUAUUGUCCAGUUUAAGCCCCACCACCUGUAGGAAAUAUUUACACACAUACACACACAUUCUUUCCUUACCUCAGAGCUAUUAAGAUAUUCAGUGUCUCUACCAUGCAAUUUGUUUAGUACUUCGGCUUUCAACAUUUAUCAAACAUUUUCAAUGUGUGUCACGUGAAACCUGUUUUGUUAUUUAAAUGUUUUGUAUCCAUGUGUGUUUUAUGUCAUUUCUUUCCAACUAUUUUGCAAACUCCUUGCAAACUCAAAUACUAUUUUUUAAAUUCCUUAUAUCUGUACAUCAGAAUAGAGAAUAUCUAGGCAUACCCCAUACUAACCAGGUCAGCAUCUCCAGGGGCAGGGCCAAGGAAUCUGUUUCUAACAAAGUUCCCACAUGACAGUGAGGCAGUGAGCUCAGCUCUGAAUUCAGACUUUCUUGGGAACCACUGCCAUAUAACUUCUUGCCCAAUGCUUUGCUGUGUUAAGAUUCUUAAUAACGUACAUGUCUGUGCAAGAGUCAAUAGUCAGCUUGGUGAAAUGUUGAGUAGAAGGACAUGAAAGAUUGGUACUUGUAUUUUGCUAUUGUACUCUGGGGCUUCACCUCUAAAUUCCUUUAUUCAGUUUUUCAAUUCAGACACCAGAAUGACCAUUCCAAAGUGCUGAUAAGACUUGAGGAACUCAUAUCUAACAAAAAGACUAACAAAAUACCGAUAAUCAAGUCUUGGUGCUGGUUUAUUAUAAUUUACUGGUGAUAUGAUAGGCCUCAAUGUCCAGGACAUAGACAGAGCCAUGAAACCAGAAAGGCAGAGAAGGAAUUGUUGGGACAAAAGGAAACCUACCUGAGACUUUUGGGGAAGAAGCUAGUUACACUGACUGAAAUUGUUAACCUCUGGCUGUCAAGAAAAGUUGCCCUAUUUUAUUAUUUAAGAGAUUUAUAAGUAAUCCUAGUUCCACGUUCUGAAUAGAUAAUUAUAACAUUCUAAGCUUGUAUUUCCCACACACUUUUAUGAGUAUAGUAGCCUCUUUAUGUUUCUAUCUUUUCAUAUUGUGGUCCAUCCUAGAAAUAAAAAAUAUAUCUCCACAAACAGUAUUUGUCAGGCCAUUCUGCUCAGAAGCUUUAGUUGGCUCCCCAGUGCCUAAAAGAUAAACUCUGAAUUCAUGAACUUGACAUUUGAAGCUUUCUUCAAUAGGGCCUUUGUCUCUAUAAUCUCCUUAUACAAACCUACUGACAUUUUGCUUUCCCACUUCUGUGUUCCUACCAUUAACCAGUUGUUCAAGCUUGUAAUUUCCUAUUUCUUUCUCCCACAUCCUAGUCAAAUCCUAUCCAUUCAUCAGAAGUUAGUUUUUUAAUUAAGCUUCUCCUGACCAUUGUAACCUACUGUGCUCUUUUCCAUCUCCAACUUUAUGAAGCACUUCUGUCAUUUUUCUCUUUUGAUGGUUAUUUUCUUUAUGACUAAUAAAUAAUUUAAUUGCAUGUGACAAGUUAACAUUUAAUACUGCCUUAUAUUUAUAUUGUCUUAUAUUUAAUAUUUGUAAUUUAAAUUAUCUUAUUUUUAAAAUAAAAUUUUAAGCUGCUUUAGGUAGAAAUUAUGCAACAGUUGUAUUCCACAAAACAGAGCUCUUUAAACUAAAAAAGGCCUUUCACAGAGCAGAAGUGGGAUUCUGAUCAUACAUUUUAUCUCAAGAUGACAACAGAAUCAAAGAAAGCUGCAGCUCAGAACCUUCAAGAGCAUGAAGGACUUCUGAUAGUGAAGAUUGAAGAGGAAGAUUUUGUCUGGAAGCAGGACACUUGCUUACAGAGAAGUGAUCCCCUCAGGCAGGAGCUCUGCCGGCAGCUGUUCAGGCAGUUCUGCUACCAGGAUUCCCCAGGACCCCGCGAGGCACUGAGCCGGCUGCGAGAGCUCUGCUGUCAGUGGCUGAAGCCAGAAACCCACACCAAGGAGCAGAUCCUGGAGCUACUGGUGCUAGAGCAGUUCCUGACCAUCCUGCCAGGGGAUCUACAGGCUUGGGUGCAUGAACAUUACCCAGAGACUGGAGAGGAGGCAGUGACCGUACUGGAAGAUUUAGAGAGAGGCACUGAUGAAGCAGUACUCCAGAUUCCAGUCUGUGGACAUGGACAAGAACUAUUCAGGAGAAAAGUGGCACCUCCUGGACCACCACUUAGUGUCCAGUUCCAGCCAGUGAACACCAAGGUCCUUCAUGGUUCUUCAGAACCCCAACUCCUACUGGACCAUGAUAAUGAGAGUGAAAACAGUGGAUCCAUGCCAAAGCUGGAAAUUUAUGAGAGAAUGGAAUCACAGAGAAUUAUAUCAGGAAGAAUUUCAGGAUUUGUAUCAGAAGGAUCUGCUGAGCCUCAAGACAUCUGUAAGUCUACAGGCAGGAUAAAGAGACAACAGGAAAAAGAAUCAGGGGAGUCUCAGAAACCAUCAUCUGCUCAGGAUGGAGGUUUUAGUAAAAUCCUCACCCACAAAAAUACACUUACAGGUGAAAUAAUAAGCCAUGAUUGUUGUGAGAGAAGCCUAAAUCUGAACUCAAAUGAAUUUUCACACCAGAAAUCUUGUAAACACAGUACCUAUGACCAAAGUUUCAAAUGGAAUUCAGAUUUUAUUAAGCAUCAAAGAAUUUAUGCUGGAGAAAAAAUUCACCAAUAUGGAAAAUCUCUCAAGAGCCCAAACCUUAUUAAACAUGCAGCAAUUUUCAGUGGAGAGAAAACCCAUCAGUGUAAUGAAUGUGGGAAAGCUUUCAGACACAGCUCAAAGCUUAUUAGGCAUCAGAGAAUCCACACUGGAGAGAGACCUUAUGAAUGUAAUGAGUGUGGGAAAGGCUUUGGGGGGAGCUCAGAUCUUAUUAGACACCAGAGGAUUCACACUGGGGAAAGACCCUUUGAAUGCAAAGAAUGUGGGAGAGCAUUCAGCCUGAACUCACAUCUUAUCCUGCAUCAGAGAAUUCACACCAGAGAAAAACCCUAUGAAUGUAGUGAAUGUGGGAAAACCUUCAGAGUGAGCUCACACCUUAUUCGACACCUGAGAAUCCACACUGGAGAGAAACCCUAUGAAUGCAGUGAGUGUGGGAGAGCCUUCAGUCAGAGCUCACACCUUAGUCAACAUCAGAGAAUUCACAAGAGGGAAAACCUAUUAAUGUAAAGAACUUAAAUUCAUAAGGAAAUAGCAAAACGUGAAAAACAUUGAAUAAAAAAUAAAUACUGGGUGAGAUGAAUGACUGUAAGACCAGUGUCUCUUUAUUCUCUCUCUCAUUCUCAGUUUUCUGUUCUGCAUAUGAUCUUCACCUGUAUGUGUCUGCUUUCUGUGAGACGGUGUUCUCCCUCUCAUUCUCAGUUUUCUGUUCUGCAUAUAAUCUUCACCUCUAUGUGUCUGCUUUCUGUGAGACAGUAGACGUACCUCUUCCGUUGACCGCUAAAAUCAAACCAAAAUAGCAGAAUUUGGGGGAGGCUAAUAAAUGGGUUAGUCUAUGGCAAUGAAAAUAGAAAAAGAGGACGCUCUUGGGAAAUAACCAUGAUUACAGUGUGGGGGGAAGAAGAUUCAGGUAGAGACUGAUCAUCAACUCUAGUUAAUGAUUCUCCACAAGAGGAGGUAGGCUAAGCCCAGGAGUGGAAUAGCUUGAGCAAGGUACUGCAGAACAGUUCUUUUGGAAGAUUCCUUUAAAGAAUGAAGACAUAGCACAACUAAAUUAGACAGUCGUGUCAAGAGGAUAUAUGCAGUGGUGG